CGCGAACCGACCGGCUGAACACAACGCGCAUGCCGCGCGCGCGCUAAACUUUUUCAACGCGAGUCAACGCUGCGCGCGUCCGAAGAUCUUGCACCUGAGCGCGAACGCACUCCGCCACACUUCACUAACGUUCAUCGCCGCUCACGCAUACCUGACUGACUGCAGCCCGUUUCCGACCAUGUGCUUCGACACUUGACCACACCGCAUCCAAACUGCAAGUACUCAACCCUCAACAAUCAUUUAAUUAAACGUGAAUAUUGUAUUCAUUGCGCCAACAUGGACACGCUUAACACUUUAAAUUGACUUUUAAACUGAUUGAAGCAAAACGUUGCUGUGCGUACAACGCGUUUGGUUGAUGCACUUGCAACGGUUACAAUAAUCAUCGAUAUUUGUAAUGAGCUAGAGACGACUGAAUUGUUGCUGUGAAACAAUUGCUAGCAUCGUGACUCCCUGUUUUAUCGACAAGAAAUUUGUGCGCGGCGUGGUUGAAUGCAAAGAACGCGUGUCGAUAAGAAAACGCGCAAACAACGGUUUGCAGAUAAGACAAUUCGCAAGGACAGAUUUGGGUAGUUUAUAUCGCGAUAUAUAAAUUUUAUGUGCCGAGGAUGGCGACCUACGACGAGUUAAAGAAGGAUUUCGAGUCGAUUUGUUCCAGCGCGGAUCAUUCCACAAUGCAUGACUUGCAGUUGGCUGCAGAACUUGGCAAAACUCUUCUCGAGCGCAAUAAGGAACUAGAGAUUACCGUCAAGCAUCAUAUGAAUAUUAUUGAUGACCAGACACAGGAGAUCGAAUACCUUACCAAACAAACAGUGGCCCUACGAGAGGUAAAUGAUUCCCGGUUGAGGAUCUAUGAGCAGUUGGAAGUGAGCAUCCAAGAUCUAGAGCGAGCUAAUCACAGGCUACUAAUCGACUGCGGCAAUGAAAAGAAAAAUUCAAAAUCAGUGACUGCUAGCCUGGAGGCUAGUGAGCAAAAAUGCGAAGAACUGCAAGCCACUGUUGAUAGACUAAGAAAGGAGCUUGAUGCUGCUAAUAGGGAAUUACAAGCGCAGAAGGAGAGCAAUGGAACUGCUGAGCAGGUGGUUGCUAAAUACACGAGACUGAAUAACGACGACGAUGUGGACGAGGUGGACAGGCCAGAAAGUCCUCUGCAGACGCCUACCCCACAUAGGAAAUCUGUAUUGUGUGCGGGUAACAUCAGAACGGACAAAUCACAGGAGACUCAAACUCCUCCAAACAAGGAUGACAAAAACUCUGAAGUGGCACAACUCCUGCAAAGGUUACAGGAUGCGCAUGCGCAGGCGAUGCAAGAAUCACGUAGAAUUACCGAACUGGAAGACCAGUUGCAGUCGAUGGUACAACAAAACCAAGAGUUGGAAAGCCAGAUUAUGGGUAUUCAACAGAAGGGUUGUGAGAUGAAGAGUAUGCAUGAGGAGUUCAGCUUGUUGGAGGAAGUCAGACAAGGACAAGUAUGCCGCAAAUGUGGGAUGGUGGAUCCAGCCGACGACAUGUCGCAGAGCUUGUGCGAUGACCGCGAGGACGAUGUGAGCAUGAUGGACGCAAUGGCGGCGGACACGCAACACCGCACCUCGUUCUACAUGGAAGUGCAGGAAUAUGCUAAAACAUCAACGCCACCACGUGAACAUGUGAACUUGUACAGAGAUUUGGUAGAAAAGUACGAAGCUCUCAAAAAGGUUCAGAAGGAUAUUCGGCCUGGAAAGAUGCAUAACACUUCUAACAUGACCUUACAAGAAGAAUUAGCUAUGUCGGGUGAUUUUAAGGAUACUGAUGAGGAGAGUGGACAUGGAGACAGCUUGCGCACUGAGCAACAGAAAAAGGUCAGGAAGACAUUUUCGCAGACACCAACAGAUUUCUCAGAGGCGGAAACGACCAGUUCUUCCGGUUACUCGGAUGAGACCAGUAACAAAGGCACGCAAACCGAGAGGCGGCCAGGGUCAUUUCUGUGCAAAAUUGGCGAUGGAGAAGAUUGCAUUAGCAUCUACGACGAUGCCGCAAAUAUUGACGGGCGAUUUCGUCAACGACCUGAGUUCCGAGAGCUCUUUGGUGAAAUCUUCAGCGUACUCAAGAAGGCGGCGAAGAAUGCGGACGAGAACAAAGAGCUGCCGCUGUUGGACGACGAGUGCAAGGUUGCUCCGAAGGUACCUCCUGUCACUCCUUGCACUGAAGCUCUUCCCGACUUCCCCGACAAUUGCACCGAUGAUACUCAGAGCGUACUUUCUUCAGCCAUGUCUGAACUAUCUACAAGCCAGGCUGAGCCGAUUACUUUGAUUGAGAACAUCCAUCUCUCUGAACCGGUUGUAAAACCACAGGAACCUGUAUUACGUCCGCUCAUCCGCCAGCCAUUGGAAUCCUUGACUGGAAACAACGUACGCAAGCGCUCGUCGUCUCGUAAGAAGAACAAGCAGUUCCAGGACAGGAGUGAUUCGCCAGUGACUCAUAUUUUGGGCAGUCCGACCAUCCGAUAUGUCAGUCGUCCUUCCUCUGGAAGACGUCGCCGUGGACGUGAUGCUAACCAACCAAACAACGAAAACUCUGAGGGUGCGUGGAAUGGCAGCACUGUCCAGUUCUUCUCACGCAAUGCUCCAUCUCCUACGCCGAGUCAAAGCAGUUUGGACUUCAAACCUAGCGUCGCCUCACAGGAACUUCAUAAGUUGAAGAAACUUGAGAAGUCCUACGCAGAUGUCCUGCGCGGUAAUCAGGUUCCCAAGCAACGCCGCGACAACUACCGCGGACGACGGAAGUAAACGCAAGACAACCAAAAAUGAAAAAAAAAAAAUCAAUGUGUAUAUUUUCCGUCUUUUUAAUUCGUGUGUCACGCGUUUAACUAUUCGUCCUAGUUUCGUGUAAAUAUUGUUUUUAUGUUUUAAUUAUUGAAGUAGGUUGUAUCGGACGUAAGUAUCUUAAUUUGCCAUCCAAGUUUAUAUCAAGUAAGCUUAACUGAAUCUAAAAAAUCAUGCGUUGUUGCCUUUGAAGAUAUCGGCGACGACUUUUUAAAAUGAUUUUAUAUCUAAUGUUCUUCUUAUGUUAUAAUAAGUCGUAAUAUUUACACAACUUCGUUUUGCAAUCUUAUUAAUUAACUAUUGUAUGUUUGUGCGCGUGUAUUUAAUUAUUUGAUUACUAUUUAGCGUUUUUACAAAUGAGGUUGAAACGAAGAUUUUAAUCCGCAAAAAAAAUUGAACAAAAAACUCAAAAAUGCAAAAAUAAGAUAUCAUUAACGUGUAGUUCGAGCAAGAAUUCGAAGAAGAUUGUGCCAACAACUAUUUUUUUAGACUUAAACAAGCAACUAUUAGCCGCGGUAGCUUUCAGUACAUUCAAGACUUACUUGGACUUUUACCCUCUACGAAUUAAUACAAGUACGUAAUAAUCAAUUAGACUAGUAGUGAGUCAAAUGUUGAUUGAUUAUAGCACAUCGAUGAUAACAUAACAAACAAAUGAAAUAAACAUGAUAAUUACUUGUAUAAAAUCUUA